AUGACCACUGCCCUACCCCACAACGUCCGCGGCGUAGCACCAUCAGGCAACACUGGUGGCGGUGUGACCAUCUACAACAACAUCAACCAGGACCUGUACCUGUGGUCCGUCGGCGAAGACGCCAACAAGAUGAUCACCGUGCCUCAAGGCGAGACCUACUCGGAAGACUGGCGCAUCAACCCCAAUGGCGGUGGCAUCAGCAUCAAGAUCUCCACCGACCCCAACCAAAACGACGUUCUGCAGUAUGAAUACACCCUUGCCGAGCCAAAGAUCUUCUGGGACCUCUCCUGCAUCGACAUGGGCACUGGUUCGCUCUUCAGCGAAGUCGGUUUCGAUGUCACCUCGAACAGUGACCAAUGCGAGAACGCCACCUGCAAGCCCGGUGACACCCAGUGUAGCGCGGCUUAUCUGGUCCCGUCCGACAACCAUGCUACUCAUGGUUGUCCCCAGAGCACCAACAUGAUCCUCAACAUUGGUCCUUCGGAUGCGGAGUAUUAA